AGUUUGAAAUUAUCUAGCAUACUAGAUUUCAUAUUUAUAAACUUAACAAAUAAAUUGCGAUCCCCUUACUUUCUUUUCUCGAAUUUCUUUUUGAAGAUGAUUUCUUAUAAAUAAGCAUAUAUGGUGUCUUCUCUCUUUCAUCUUUCAGAGAGAGAACAGUAUGGAAGAACUGCUACCACACGACAUAAUAGAGAGUAUUCUAGAGAGACUUGACGUAAAAACCCUCCUCAAGUUCACGACGGUUUCAAAGCAAUGGAAAUCAACUAUCAUCCGAUGCCGUUCUUUCCAAACAAGACAAAUGCUCCAUCGCAAGCAAUCAGGAAAAACAGAUGUUGUUUUGGUAUACGAUGGUUAUACUUAUUAUUAUGAUAGUAGUCCUAGAAUUGAAGUUCUGAGAACGUUGGUGGUGGGGUCAACAGUUUCUGUCAAAAUCCCUACAAAUUGGGAAAAAAAGUUUUACCUAAUUUGCAACACCAGCUGUGACGGUUUGAUAUGCCUCUCCGAUCGUUAUGAUUCGAGUAUUGUGGUUAAUCCCACCACUCGUUGGCAUCGAACUAUUCCUCCAUGCAACUAUCAACUUGAGGCUUUCUGGAGGAAGAUCAGACAACCUUCUCUUGGAUUUGGUAAAGACAAGAUCAAAGGGACAUACAAGGCAGUUUGGUUAUACAAUUCUGUUGAAUUUGGUCUAAAAAACAAAAGCAUUACUACUUGUGAAGUUUUUGAUUUUACCACAAAUGCUUGGAGGUAUGUUGUCCCUGCUUCUCCCUAUCUGAUUCAUGAAAAACAAGGUCCUGUGUAUUGUGAUGGGUCACUUCAUUGGCUCACUGCGGGUGGGGAAACCAAUGUUUUGUCUUUGGAUCUUCACACCGAAAUUUUUCAAGUCAUUCCUCAACCUCCUUUUCUCCACGACUCGUACCACGGCUUGUACACACCGAAUCUUGCCAUGUGCAGUCUUGAUGAUCGUUUGUGCUUGUCUGAUAGAAUUGGGCCAGAGCAAGUAAUGUGGUCGUUUGAUUCAGAAGACAAGACAUGGAAUAAAAUAUAUUCAGUAGAUCAAAGAACCUAUGCUUGGAGUAGGAAUAACAUGUGGAAGAAACUCACACCAUUAUCAGUUUUGGGGAAGGACAAGUUACUGUUUUACGAUGGUGAAUCUUCGGAUGGACCAUUGGUGGCAUUUGAUCUCAGAACUAAAUAUUAUGACAUAGCUUACAAAUGUAAACUCGAAGCAUACAAUGUUCUUUGUUAUGUCCCGAGUUUAAUCUCUAUUUUGUAAACCUCUCGAGAACCAUGUUGCUUUUUAAGCCAUUGUU